AUGGACAAAUACGAAGCUCUGAUCAUCGAAGUGACGGGAAUAAACGCAAACACUUCAAAAGACAUAUUAAAGAACUAUUUCUCGUCGUCAAGACGCGGAGGAGACAUUGACAAUAUAGAAUAUAUUAAAGGAAGUGGGAAUGCAUCAAUAACGUUUGCUAACGCCGAAGGUAGGAAAACGAAAUUGUCUUUAUGUGUUAUAACUGGGUUUCAGUAAGUAUUGCAGUAUUACAGGGCAGCAUUGAAGGCAAUUUCAGAAAUGAUAUUGAUUACGGCAAGAAAAUGAAACUAGAUCCCAACAAUUCCGCCCGGCUAUUUACACCCGGGAAAACGAAAGCAAUUAGACUAAGCGAAGUCUGAAGUUCAUCAAUGAUCGCGGGCGUGGGUGACCAAUGGUGUUGGGUGGAUGGUCAUCCUCACUGAUCUCAAAAAUAUGGCGGACUGUCAUGAAUAGCGAACACCGAUUGGUCAAAUUUAAAAUUUGCAUUAUAACGACUGCACGACGACAGCGAAAUAGCAAACAUUUCUUGAUUUGAUCACAGAGUAGACACACACAGAGCUGUAACUGGUCUCGUAAACAUUGCAGAAACUUACGUUUUCAUGUACCCACUUUUUUCAGGCGAGCGGGCAAAAAAGAUCAACUGCGCGUGCUCGGCAAGUUCCGCGAGCAGUUAAAGCAAGCAGCCAUCCAAUACGUACGUACUAGCAUGGAUAAUAAAAUAAAUGGAUAGGAAACUAGCUGACGUGACCUAAUGUUUUUACUGGGAUUGAUGGCAUGGUUGGAUGCCUCAACCUAGUUGAAAAUCAAAUUCUCAAAAACGGCAUGUUUAGCAAUAAUACAGCUAAACAUUUUAGUUUCCCAGUCAAUUUUUAGCAAAUAUUUCAAGCAUUAAACAGUGAAAAAUACAUCGCAAAUUUCGUUAAAAUUUGUGACGCCAAUUUCGUAGCUACAAAUGUAAAAAAAUACAAAACAAAAUACAACACUUUGUCGUGGCUUAGGCAUGUUUUUAAAACAAUUAGACCAGUUUACGCUUCAAGAUCACCCUUUUAAAGUGGAAAAUAUAGCAAAACAACAAAUAUGCCGAGAACUUUGGUAACAUUCGCAAUACGCGUGACGUCACGUUUUUCAACAAGGAUGCAGUCAAUGACGUCAGAAGUUUCCAAUCUUUCCAAUCCAUUUAUUUUAUUAUCCAUGGUACUAGAUUCCCCUUAUUGACCUUACUACGUUUUCGUAGCGCUUUGCAUUGUGGUUAUAGUGGUAUCACUGACAAAAAUAACGGCCACGAAUGAAAAUAUUAAAUGUUUUCGCGAAUAUUUUGCUGUUGGCUAUCGCGCACCUGACCCUAGCUUUUUUAAAAGUUCUUGCACGGGUCAGGACAAAAAAUAAGCCAUCUUGAAUAUCAGUAAUACCACUAGAACCACAAUGCAAAGCGUUACGAAAAUGUAAUAAGGGGAAUCCAGUAUUACUCAAACAUAAAAUAUCCGCCAUGUUGUGACGCCAUUGUUGACAUAUCAACGGCUGUUAGAAGUGGUGUUUAAAAAAUUCCGAACUCUUCACCAGGGCGCUUAUAUAUACCAGGGUAUAUAAGCGCCCUGCUCUUCACUUAUUGUGUUAUGCUAGUCAGAUACUCUCCGUUUUUACACAAGUAAUAAUUGUCCAGAAAAUCAUAUCCAAAUAAAAAAAAAUUAAAAAAUUGUAGGGAACCAGCUUAAUUCGUGUAUUGUUUCUCAUAGAAGGGGCUAAUCUUGCUUGGGAUUUUAACCUGCAUGAGAUUUAGGUUAUAGAGAAUUUUUCUCGUUGUUUAUUUAUCGCUAUAAAACAGAAACGAGAACGACUACGACUUCCUCACACGCGAUCAAAUCACUACUCGCUGCUGAAGGUCCCUAAUGCAAAGUAUUGGCCUUAACUUGAGAGAACAUCGAAAUAAUUCGAGCAGAUUAAACAGGACUGUUUAUUUAAAAGAUUUUAAGAUGCCGGCCAUUUUCUUAUUUUUAAGAUGUUAAGAAGGCUUUGGAAACAAGCCCGCAUUCUCUUGAAGAAUCUGCACUAACACUGAGACGACGAAAGAAGGUGGAAAUUUCUGAAAAUGACAAAGUUUUCGUUGAAGGCAUUUCCAAGAAAACUACGGAAGAUUGUCUUAAGUUUUACAUGGAACGAUUAAGCGACUCAGAAGUGAAAGAUAUCAA